AUGCAUCGCGCACCUCGCCCAGGCGAAGUCAUGAGCGAAGCUGUGCGCGAAUGUAUUGAAGAAGUCCAAGGAGGCAAUGUAAGGUUUAUUUUAGAUCCUAGAGGCGUCACAAAAUUUAUUGUCAAACCAAUGGGUUCAAAAGAACGAUUUACAGUCAACAUUGGUGAUAGACAUACAUGUACAUGCAAAUCCGACGACUUAUGCAUCCAUAUUAUAUACAUAUUAAUGAAAUAUUUCGGAGUUCCUAAGGACAAUCCAAUUCUUUUUAAGCAACCACUAUCAGAAUACGAAGUAAAUCUGAUUAUUGAUGGAAAAACACGCGCUGUUGAGCCACGAAAACCUCAAGAAAAGUACAAAACUAAAUCAGGCAAGACAAAAGUCAAAAGAUUGCCAAUUGGUCCAGAAGAUGUUUGUCCAAUUUGUUACGACAAUCUAUGUGACUGUGAUAAAUCAAAAAUUGCCUGGUGCAGAUGCGGAUGUGGUGGAAAUUUCCACAGAAAAUGUGUUAAAGAAUGGAUUAAUUCACGUAGAGAUUACAGAGAAGAACCUACAUGCCCUAUUUGUCGUACGAAAUUAGACAUGUUAGGCAUAAAUCCUCCUCCAAAGAAGCUACCAAAAGAUGAACCACCGAAUCUCACACCAGAAGAAAUUCGCGAACUAAUGACCAGAGAAAUUUCGCCAGAUGACUACGAUUUACUUCUUAGACUCGAUCAACCAAGACAAACUCAAAAUUCUACAAAACCUAGACCGAAACCAUCGAAUCCACGUAGUGCUGCAGCGGCAGCAAUCAUAGGAAAUGCAAGGCCAACACGCAAAAUACCAGCAACGCCUGAUUUAGCGGUUACAUCAAAUAAUUUUCAUGGAGAAGUCAAUUCUACGCCAAGGGCAGUUAACAGCCAGCAAGCAGUCCGAUCAAACUUUCGACCAAACCCACGAGGAAUCCCUCCUCGUCGUAAAAUAGAGCAACCCCACUUUGAAGGCGGAAUUACAGGCUUAGGAAUGGGAGAAUUACCGGAAAUGCCAUCGAAUUUCCCAAGAAAAAACUCUCCGCAAACAGAUGUAAGACCUCAGCCCAUGAAAUCUCGUGUAAGAAUCGUUGAAAGACACGAAAGUAAUUUACAGUAUCUCCAGACGCCGCCAGACUUUGAUGAUGACAUGCAGCCUCGUGGUACAAAGCGUCAGGGACCAAGAAUGAACGCUUUUGAUGGAGAAAUCAACGGAUUAAAUUUGAGUGAUUUUAGUGGUGGCGGAAGCACUGAAUCAUUGCCUCCAAUAGAAAGGCCUAGAGUGACUAGACCGAUUAGGCCUCAUCCUUUGCCAAAGGAAAGGCCAAAGAACGAACAAAGGGAUUUCACCGAUAUGAUGGUGACAAAUUUCCCUAGAUCUUGA